CUGGGAGGCUGUUAGCAGUCAGAGCAGCAGCAGAGCUCAGAUGGAUGUUUCUGUUCUGCCCAACAGCAAUCACCCAGAGAGGUUGCUGCAGCUGGAUGUUGGGAUGUUGGAUGCCAGGCGCGGCCUGUCCCAGGUCGGAGCCAUCGUUUCCAGUCAGAGACGGUGGCACAACAGGGUCUAUUGGCAGAGGGAACAGACGGCUCAGCCUGGAAGCCAGAGGUUCACAGAGGGCCGAUCUGUGGCGUUUGUGGACAGAUAUCUGGAGAAGCACAUCACGCCAGUUACUCUGAAGUCUAACAUCAAGACCAAUCCUCUUUACCUGGAGAUGAAAGACAGAGACAUGGUGGACAGCGAGGAGUUUAGGCCUUCCUGGACCAUCCAGGAGUAUGACUCACAGACCAUCCAUGGAAACCUGGCAGAUUAUUCCAAGGAUGAAAAAAGUGCAAAGGAUCUGGACUUCUGGCUUGAGGACCUCUACACUCCAGGAUUCGACUCCCUGCUCAAGAGGAAAGAGGCAGAGCAGCGUAGAAAACGACUUUCUAGAAUCCUUCCCUUAGUUGUUGUGCUGCUCUGCGUUUGUCUCGCCGUCAUCAUUGUUCCUGUUUUACUAAAUAAAUGAUUUCCAUCAGAAUCACUGAUUCUACU